CUUAUAAGUAUGCACGCAGAGAGUAGAUUUGUACACAGACUAUCAGCUGAUUAGCUUAACAAUGUGAGCCUUAUUGAGGAUUCGUUAAAAAUAAUUUUGUAAAUAUACACUAUUUUGGCAUUUUCGAUGGAGGGCGACGGCGACAUUUGGGAAGAACUUUCCAACAUCCCAGCGGAUCCUCCUGAAAUGCGAGACAAGUGUGCUCAAUGCAGAAGACCAGCUGGAGUUUGCUGGUGUCCGGGCCUACCAAAAACGCCGCUGAGCCCUUCUUCUAGAAUCAUCAUUCUGCAGCACCCUGCAGAAAUCAAAAGAUGCUUGAGAACUGCUCCUAUGCUCACAUUAGCUCUUGAAUCAGGAAAGUGUCUGACAUUCAGGGGUAAGAAGUUUCCUUCGUUGAAACACGAUGGAUUGUUUGAGAUUUUAAGUGAUGAGAAUACUGUUUUAUUGUAUCCAUCUCCUGAAGCAGUGCCAUUAGACGAAUUAACUACUGUAGGUGUGGAUGGUCAAAAACCUUAUAAUUUAGUUCUGCUGGAUGGAACUUGGCCUCAAGCAAAGGCAAUGUACACUGCAAGUCCUACUUUAACUAAACUUAAGUCUUGUAAACUUGUUAACGUCCCAACUAGUGAGUAUGUUAUAAGGACACAGCCCACAGAAGGUUGUUUGUCAACUCUUGAAAGUGGUGCACUCGCACUUUCCAUAUUGGAAGGUAAACCUUGGCUCAGAAAUCAAAUGCUUGGACCACUUCACUACCUCUGCAAGUAUCAGUUAGAAAAUGGUGCAGUCACACACCAGAGCAAAGAAUUUCUAAUUAAACAGAAGACCUAUCCAAAACUGAUUGGGAAAAGGCUGGCUAAACAAUUGAGAACAUUACCUGACAACUCUUUAUAAUUAAACGAUAAUAUAUAUAUUACUGUAAAUAUUUACAAACAAGUUUUAUUUUCAAAGACUUUUACGUUUUAUAAAAGAUUAUGUAUUUCAAAGUGUGUAUAUAUAUAUACACAAAGUGUGUAUAUAUAUAUAACAAAAAUUUAUAGUGAUUCCUAACAAUUAGCCUUUGUAUAAUACAUAAAUUUUUCAUAGACAAUAAAAUGAAUAUUACAUUUGUACUA